UCCAUAAAUCAGUCGACCGACAUCAGCACUUCGAACAGUCACCACCAACAGUACACAAUCAUCAAGAUCAGCAAACACUCAAAACCGCUCAGAUAGACAGCCGGCACUAUCCGAACCGACACGGACGAAAUCAGUUUUCCUACGCUCGCCGAACUUGACCUAGCUAUCCUUUCUUGACCAAUCCUACCGGUCAUCGCUACUUGCAAGAUGCAGACCAACCAGAACAACCAGACUAGCGGUUCUACCCAACGAGGAGAGAACAAGGCUCCCAACCCCUUCAUGGAGAACAACGCCAACACCCAGAACAUCGGAGACGAGAAUAAAGCUGCGCCUACUUUCUUGCACAAGAAGGGGCUUUUGGGAAGGGGGGGAGCGAAGGCUGGGCAAGGUCGAGGAGGAUUCCUUGCGUCCCCCACUGACAACCUCAUGUCGCCCGUCACCGCCAAGUUGAACAACUCGAAGCAGAGGCACUUUAUGAAGGGGAAACCGACCACCUUGUUCCCUUCGGCUCUCGGCAAGCAGGACAACACCGGCGGAGAAGCUAGCAAGGAGAACAACUCUCCCUUCUGAGCGGUACUUGCAAGAUCAUCUUGAUUUGGCAGAUAGAAAUCGUAGACCCCAAUCUCUGGGAUAUUCCAGCAUCGACGGCGACGACAUGUUGUAAAGUAUCGAAACGUUCGACCCUCAUAAUACCAUUCUUUACUUCCAGAGUC